UUUACUUCCCCUUCCAAGCUCGCAUGUCAAAGUCUUCGGUAAUCCCAGGACGAGACCGGAAGAAUAAUCAACGAGUGAUGCCGAGUCCGAUGUAUCUCCACAACUUCCUUCUUCCUCACGAAAUCACCUACCCUCUUCUCUUCCACUUGGAACAUUUAAAACUCCAACCAUUUUCGCAUCAUAAACCCAAAACCUCCUCUUCUCAUGUCAGAGAAGACAACAUAACAUAGAAGAAAAAGGAAGCGUCGUGAGAAAUCAUGGAAUCCUUCAGACGCUUCACAAAUCAAUUCAUCAAUCUUGGAAUUGCAAAAGGACCGUGUUGUGCAUCGAAUAUGGUGAUCAGAUGAGCUCUGAUGGGAAUUCUAUGUGUUGGAUUGGGGACCUAGCCCUGUUUUAUAGUUGCAGAGGGUUGAGGAGUUUGGAACCCAUCAAAACUUUCUCCCUUAGGCUCCACACAAAUUUGGAAUGAUUGUUUCAUCUGCAUUGAUGAUAUGGAAGCUAUUGAUAUGUAUAAGUGGAAGUGAAUCGCCUAUUGUAGUUGUACUUUCUGAAAGUAUGGAACCGGGCUUUAAAAGGGGCGAUAUACUGUUCCUACACAUGAAUGAAGCACCCAUCCGCACUGGGGAAAUUGUUGUAUUUCAUGUCGAGGGAAAGGACAUCCCAAUUGUUCAUCGUGUAAUUACGGUCCAUGAAAAACUAGGUACUGAGGGUGAAAUUAAAGUUCUCACAAAAGGGGACAAUAAUGACAAAGAUGACAGGAAUGGUGUUUACACCAAUGGCCAGCUAUGGGUUCAACGGCAUCAUAUCAUAGGGAGAACUAUAGGGUUUCUACCAUAUGUUGGUUGGGCAACCAUUAUUAUGACUGAAAAGCCCGUUAUCAAGUAUCUGCUGAUUGGUGCUUUAGGCUUGCUAGCCAUAACCUCCAAGGACUAAUGGUGAGCCAAACUUGUGAAGUAAGCUCAGUUUUCAAAGAGAGGUGAAAUAUGGAUUUUGUUAAUGUUGUUGUGCAUUGCCAUGUAAUACACCACUGCUUUUGUUUUUGCUAAUGAAUUGUGUCACCUCUAUUAUUUGAUUAGCA